UAUGACAUCGUUGCACACAGACAUCAGCUUUAAAAAAAAUACACAGGUUUCUGUACUUGAGAAAUUGAAUUCAUUCUGACUUCAGUGUUCAGUCGUUCACCGGUUCGCGACUAUAAUACUCGACCGUUGCGUUUAUUUAAAUUAAUCAACAAUUAAUUAUAAUCAAAUAAUAUGUAUUAAUAUAUCAAAUGAUUUGUUCCAGUGUUACCUCUAUAAAUUUCUUUUAUUUUUUAUUGAAUUAUUAAAACUAUUAUUUAUACUUGUUUUUCAUUUAUCUAUUUUUUACAAAAUUUUUUUUUCCUUUUUUGCAUUUUAAAUUCAAUUUAAAUUAUUUUUAACAAAUAAAAUUCUUUGUAAUGAUGAUAAAUUGGAUAAAUUUACAUGACUCGUAUUAAAUUCAGAUAAAUUUUUGCGCAGUAAUAAUUUUAGGAUAAAAAAAAGAGUAAAAUUAAAAUCAAGGUUAAAUUAUUUCUAUAAAGAAAAAAUCACUGAAAAAAUUGUAAAAUGUAAAUUUACAAAGUGUAAAGUGAUUUAAAAAAAAAAAAAAAUUAAAAAUAAAUUUAAAAAACUGUCAAAAUCACGUGACUUGACAGUAAAAAAAAAAUAAUAAUUAUUAAUUGAACUUGAAUUUUUAUAAAAAAAAUUUCUAGUAAAAAAAAGUUGUUUUUUUUUUCAUUAUUUUUCUUAAUGGCGUUAAUAAAAAUAUAUAAUGAGUUUUGCUAAUCACAUAAAUGUAUUAUAUGCAUAUUUGCAGUUACAGACAGACAUCCGUCUUGCAAGAUAUACAACAUACAUGUUAUCUUUUUUUUAAAUAUAUAUUUAGUGUGUGUGUGAAUAUUCCGGACGUGGACAAAUUUAUCUCAAAAACCUUGAACUUUUUCUUAGUUUAAAAGUAUUAAUAUUAAUUUUAAAAAAUAUGUUGUUAUGUCCUACAGGAAUAUAACAACAUCAAUCAUUUUAAAAUAAAUUCAGUCUUUAUUAUAAAUAAAUAAUAUAUAUUGAUUGUCUUGAUGCAACCCACGUGAGUGCCAUACAAACACACACCACUGGCCUUGAAUUUUUUAUAAUAAUUUUCAUUUCUUCUUGAUUUAAUUUAUAUAUAUAUUUUUUUUUAUUAUUCGCUCGAUAAUAAAUUUAUUCAAUUUAUUCAGUUGUAUAGUAAAAUGUGUUGUUAGUGCGGAAAUAAUAUUUUUAAUAGAGAUAAAAAAUUUAUUUGUAUUGUGGUUUUUAAAAAAAAAGAUACGUAAAUGCAUUCCUUGUGAUAACAAAGCUUUAAAAUAUACCAAAAAACAAAAAAAUAGUUUAACAGUGUAAAUGUUUAGUUGAAAAUUUGAAUAAGUUAAAUAUCAUCGAUCAAACAAUUCAAGAUGAUGAAAAAAGAAAAACCAAUGAUGUCAGUCACGGCAAUAAUUCAAGGUGCCAAGGCAAAACAUUGGGCUCGGGGUAACACUUGGUUGAGUUUGGACAGCAACAAUAUAUCCAUGUCAUCGGUUGGACCCCAAAGCCCGCUAGACAUGAAGCCCGACACGGUAAACCUCAUAAAUUCCGGAAAUUUUAGUCCCUCGGGACCAAAUAGUCCAGGAUCAUUUACAAUUGGUUGUCACAGUACUUUGAUGAACACAUCACAAGGUGGACAAAAUAAAACAGGAGUUAAUUCAACAUAUCCACCAAAUCAUCCUCUAUCAGGAAGUAAACAUUUAUGUUCAAUUUGUGGUGAUAGAGCGAGUGGUAAACAUUAUGGAGUAUACAGUUGUGAAGGUUGUAAAGGUUUUUUUAAACGUACUGUACGUAAAGAUUUAUCAUAUGCAUGUCGUGAAGAAAAAUCAUGUAUUAUUGAUAAAAGACAAAGAAAUCGUUGUCAAUAUUGUCGUUAUCAAAAAUGCUUAACAAUGGGAAUGAAAAGAGAAGCUGUACAAGAAGAACGACAACGUACUAAAGAACGUGAUAAUAAUCAUCAUCAAAAUGAAGUUGAAAGUACAAGUAGUAAUAAUAUACAUUCUGAUAUGCCAGCUGAACGUAUACUUGAAGCUGAAAAAAGAGUUGAAUGUAAAUUAGAACAACAAGGAAGUUAUGAGAAUGCCGUAUCAAGUAUUUGUACAGCAACAAAUAAACAAUUAUUUCAACUUGUUGAAUGGGCAAAACACAUUCCUCAUUUUACAUCAUUACCACUUGAAGAUCAAGUAUUAUUAUUACGAGCUGGUUGGAAUGAAUUAUUAAUUGCUGGUUUUUCACAUCGUUCAAUUGAUACUGAUGAUGGUAUUGUACUUGCAACUGGUCUUGUUGUAUAUAGAAAUUCAGCACAACAAGCUGGUAUUGGUACAAUAUUUGAUCGUGUACUAUCUGAAUUAGUUACUAAAAUGAGAGAAAUGCGUAUGGAUAAAACAGAACUUGGUUGUUUACGUGCAAUAAUAUUAUUUAAUUCGGAAAUACGUGGUUUAAAAAGUCCACAAGAAAUUGAAUUAUUACGUGACAAAGUAUAUUCAACACUUGAAGAUUAUGUACGUGUCAAUAAACCAGAUGAUCCUGGUAGAUUUGCUAAAUUAUUAUUACGUUUACCAUCAUUACGUUCAAUUGGUCUUAAAUGUCUUGAACAUUUAUUUUUUUUUCGACUCAUUGGUGAUAUACCAAUUGACUCAUUUCUCAUGGAAGUUUUGGAAUCACAUUAAUUUUUAUUCAAAAUAAUAAUAAUUUUAAUUAUAAUUGUAAUAAUAAUACUUUUUUUUUUUAUAAAUAUAUUAGAUAAAAUGGGUUGCACUGUUUUUUGGAGGGUAUACCUAUCCGUUAAAUAAUUAUAUAAAUAUAUAUAUAUUAAUCUAGAUAAUUGACUUAUUUUUUAAUUUAAUCAUUGACAAUUAUAUUUUUUUUUUUGAAAAAAUAGAAUAAAUACUUAUUUUGUUACAGUUAUUAUUAUUUUUCAUUUUUUUUUUUUGUUUUUGUUUAUUUAUAUACAUUAAUUUAAUAAAGUAGAGAAGAAAAAAAAUUCAAUAAUCUAUAUGUCCAGAUAAUUUAAUGUAAUACAAGUAAUAAAGUGUCGAUAAAAUUGUUACAAUUUAUUUUUUAUUUGAACUGGGUUGUACCUGCGUUGGUAGAUGACUAUUUGUUUAAAGCCACUCAUGAAUAUUGCUAAGAAAAAGUUUCAUAGAAUAAGGAUUUAUGAAUUGAGAUAUACAUGAAUAAAUUGACAAGGAUAAUUGAAUAAAUAUAAACGAGUCUCAACAAGCGGAGGACAGAUAACUCUUGCAAUUUUAUAUUUGCCUAGUAGAUUUUUUGAAAAAAUUUCGAAUUGGAUUAAGAGCAUAGAACAUGCAAAGAGGUAUUUUUUAAUUUUCGUAGCUUACUACUACUAAGUUAUAAUUCCCUCUUAUAACUAUUUUUUUUUUAAAUUUUCUUGAAAGAAAUUGAAGAUUAUUAAUGGGAACAUAGAACUAGCAAAAGGUAUUUCGUAUUUCUCAUAGCUUACUACUACUAAGUUAUAAUUCCCUGUUGAGUUAGUUAUUUAUGUUUUUUUUCGUGAAAAAAAUAUAGUUUUUUAACAGGAACAUAGAACUAGCAAAGAAAUAUUUCAUAUUUUUAAGAACUUAUCACUACUAAGUUAUGUUUCUCUAUUUAAUUCAUUAUUUUUAUUUUUUUUUAUUGAAAAAAAUAUGGUAUUUUAACAGGAACAUAGAACUAGCAAUUAUUUCAUAUAUUUUGAAGCUUACUUCCUGUAAGUUAUAAUUCCCAAUAAAUUUUGUAAUUUUAAUGAUUUUUCUUGAAAAUAUCUUGUAUUUAAACAGGACCAUAGAACUAGCGAAGUAGUAUUCCAUAUAUUUUGAAGCUUACGCUGGUGAAAAUAUUUCUCCACGAUUCCUCGUGAAUUUCUCCGCGAUUACUCCGGAUUUCUUCCAAAUUAACCCAUGCGAAGAAAUGAGUAGAGAAAGGUAUCAAAAUUUUCUCCUAAUCGACUAGGGUGGAAAAACGGUCGGAAAUAUUUCUCCACGAUAAGGAUACGCGGAGAAACAUGUGAAAAAAAAAUUUUAACGCAGAGAAAUUCUUCCGAAAUCAACGACGAGGAGAAAAUUUUCACUCAUUUCUCGGCAUGGGUCAAUUUGGGAGGAUUCGGAGUAAUCGCGGAGAAAUUUGGGGUAACCGCGGAGAAAUAUUUUUACCAGGGAUAUUCGAUAAAGUAACGAAAGCUGAAUUAACGAAUGAAAUUGAAAAAAAAACGUACAGGUGGAAAACUCAAAGAUUGACAAAGAUUAAAUUUUUGAUGGGAAAAUAUUUCUUGUUGAUUAUGAUAAUAAUUGGAUAAAAAUAAAAAUAAAACGAGUCUUUUCAUUGGGUGUUAAUUCAUUCAGAGUUUUAGACAUUGAAGAUCCGAAAUUAUUAUGUUUAGAAAAAUUAUCCAAUUUUUUAAAUAAAUUUCCACCACAAGUAACACAAGUUGAAAUAAAUGGAAUCAGUGAAUUAAAUUUAAAAAAGAUUGAACGAUUAAAAGAAUUCAUACGAGAAGCUGAUGAAAUGUUACCUUGCUCUGUUGCUGAAUCUGGUAAAAUACCAUGUGUCGAAUUAUUCAGAAGAACAACUAAAUCAAUAGUAAUAAUUAGUUUAGAUUAAAAAAAAUAUAAAACUAAUAAUACCCAAUAAUAAAUAAUUAGUACUUGAUAAAAAAUUACUACGGAGGCUAGAAGCCAUAGGCUCAGCCGCAGUAUUGGAUUCAUCGGCGAGAAAAAAAAAAAGAUCAUAACUUAUCAACUAAGUAACAUAAUGCGAAGGAGACUUCGUACUGAGCUUAAGAGAAUUGUAUUAAAAAACUAUAUCGCCCUCAUAAUGGGUUUUUUGAUCUAUUGAUAAAAGUUUUGAGUUGAAAAGAAAAAUGUAAAUUUUGAAAAAAUUUUUUUUCUUACUCAACAUUAGGGAGUAUAAACUAUCAGAAAGUCGGCGGAGAAAUUCGGACUAACUACGGAGAAAUUCAGAAUAGAUACGGAGAAAUUCGAAAAAAACACGGAGAAAUUCAAAGUAAUUCGUAGAAAUAUUUUCACCAGAGUAACUUUCUCUUAGUUAUGAUACCCGAAUAAAUUUAUCAUUUAUAUUUUUUUCCCUUGAAAAAAAUAUGGUAUUUUAACAGGAACAUAGAACUAUCAAAGAGGUAUAUUUCAUAUAUAUUAGAUCUUACUACUACAAAAUUAUGUUUCCCUAUUGAAUUCAUUAUUUUAGAUUUUUUUUUCUUAUAAAAAAAGCGAAGUAUUUUAACAAGAACAUAAAACUAGCAAAAA